UUUUGAGUUCAGCAUCUGGCAUUCAGCUCGAUCACUAAGUUGUAUUCAUUGCUAGAAAGUACUAUAUCGUAGUUUCUGUAUCCAGUGUUAAUGGAAAAAGAAUAAAUUUCUUCUUAGAUUUUUAUUUAAAAAGCUUAGCUUUUGAAGUUCUAAUCAAUUUUUAUUUAAUUACCAAUGUAAAAUUUGAAAACUGUUGUCAAAGAACAAUUUCUCAUCAUGUCCGCCGACAAGUUGUAUCCAUAUGGUUUGCCUUUGGGACAUCGGAAUUUAAGUCUUCCUAGUGAAUAUGAUUAUCAUCAGGCUAUGGUUCAACAUGCCGUAUCGUGUGGUAAUAACUCCUUACAUUCUCAAAUUCCUAUGAUGUCAACUGGAUUAAAUCUGUCCAUGAAUUCUGGUUCCAUGCAAUCAACUUCUGGUAAUACGCACCAUUUAUCUCAAGUAGGAGCUGUAAAUGGUGGAGGUAAAAUAAAGAAAAAGCUAAAAGUAAAUAAAGAUGGAGUACCAGCUCCUAAACGAGCAACGACUGCUUACAUCAAUUUUACUCAGUGGUAUAGAGAAGAACAGAAAAGGAAUGGAAGACAAAUUCCUAAGAUUGGAGAAUUUGGAAAAGAGUGUGCUGAUAAAUGGAAUGGUAUGACAGGUGAUGAAAAACAGCCAUUUCUUGAAGUUGCUGCACGUGACAGAGAACGUUACAGAAAAGAGAUGGCGAUAUUUAAACCUGCCAGAGAUGCUAACAAACCAAAACGACCUGGUACAGCUUUCAUGCUGUUUAUGGGAGAUUUAAGAAAAGAAAUGGCUGGAAAAGAGCCUGAAGGUGGUGUUGCAGCUUUAGCAAAGCUUGGUGGUGAACGCUGGAGAGGUAUGACAGAUGAAGAUAAACGCAAAUAUAUUGAAAAACAAGGAGAAGAAAAAAUUCGUUAUGAAGCAAACAUGGAAGAAUACAGAAAAAAGCAAAGCUCAACAAAUUUACCUCCUAUAAGACCUCAGCUGGAAGAACCUGUUAAUGAUAAUUCAAAUAGUUUGGAGCUUCCAACUGUUCCAUCUCAACUACCUCAAUUGUCACAGGCUUCAGCUGAUUCCAAUUCUUCUGCUUCUUCUCCAGAGACUACUCACUCAAACAGUGCUUCCCCACCUCCACCUACUCUUAGUCCAGAGCCUGAGAACAGCUCAAUGGCUGCUCUUACUCAGUUCACAAAUCCAAUGUCUUUGUCACAAGCCAUGGCUAUGGGAUAUGCACAGCAUACACUUUCUAAUUUUGCUCUUCUUCAUAAUCCUACUACAUUUUCGUCUUCAUCAUCAUCCAAUUACCUUACUCAAACAAGCCCUACUUACAACCAGGCAUCCAUGCAAGCUCCAUUUAAUUGGAACUAAACUCAUCUCAUCCCAUGCUUUUUAAAAGUAGCUUUGAUUGGUCUUUUUUUUUUCAGAAACAUUGCUAUAAUGUUAUGAUCUUCUCUUACUUUCAAUGAAAGUUUUCUUAUUUCCCCCUUGGUAUCAAAUGCUUGUGAAGCAUAUUAUGUGAAUUUUUAAAUGUGCUGUUACAUUGUUUUAAUAUUUUUUUAGAAAUGACAAUAUUUGCUGUGAGUUUUAUAUAGUGCUCGAUUUGUAAGAAUCAAAUGAUCCAUUACAUAUCGGAAAUUUGAAAAUAUUUUAUCUCACAUGAAAGGGAAAGUUUCCCUUUAAGACUUAUACAACUAGUUUUUUCAUCUUAAUAGUUUAAAACUAGAAUUUAAUUUUCGUAACAGAUUAUUUUUUUAUUAUUAAAUUUUGGUUCUGGUAUGCCUCUCCCAUAAUUGGGCUUUGUAUAUACAUUAUGUAGAAUUUUAAGUGUAUCUUUUGCUAUUUCAAAGCAUUUAUUUAAAUAUUAAUUUUUUUUAUGUAAGAAACUUAAUAUAUAUAUUGGUCUAAGCAUGUAAGAAAAUUUAGAUUGAAAUAUUUUAUUUCUCUGAUUUGAGUUUUGAGAAACUCUUAUAGCCCUCUCAUGUUUUAUUUGAUUUUGUAUUAUUUUUUAUAUAGUGAUUAAUUAGAUAAUACGAUUCCAUAAGCAUAUUUUAAUAAAUUUGAGCUGAAAAAUUUGUCAAAAAGUAUUUAGAAAUUGAAGAUUUAAAAAUCUGCAUGUCAUAUUCUAAUGUUAACCUAAACUGUGUUAUGAAAAGCACCUUUGCAUAUUGUAUGUGAAAAAAAUUUUCUUGAUGAAAAAAGUGUAUUUGUGGAAAUUUUGAAAAGCAAAAGAGCUAAAUUGAUCCCUUUAUGAAAACAAAUUUUUAAUGUUGGAGAAUUCAUAUUUGAAUUUGCAAUAAUAAUUCUUCAAUCAUUCAUUUUAAGAAGAAAAAUAAACUUAAGGAUAAGAAAAGUCAACUUUACUUUGCAUUUUCGAAAAUAUUCUUUUCUACCAAUAGUUCCAAAAACAUUAAAAACUGUAAAAACUGUUUCCUCUUCAAACUGAUGAUUUCAAAGUAAUUUUUACAAUUCUGGCAACAUAAAAGAAAGAACUUAGUCUGCUAAUUUUAGAAAACUUGUUCCAAAUAUUAAUUCAAUAGGAAUUUAUUGUUCCUAAUAUCAAUUCAAUGUGAGGAUUAAUUUAUUCUAGCCUUAUAUGUUGUUUGCUUAGAAGCUUAUUAUUUCUAGGAGUUUUAAGUUCGUUUAACAUUCUUAAAAUCAUAAGCAUUAAAAUAACAUUAGACUGGUCUAAUUUUUAUCAGUUUCCAUUAAUUAAAGUGAUUUUUAAUGAUUUUCUUUUUAUUGAAAAGCAUUGAACUUAGUGAAAAACUUAGCUAUCACUUGAUCUUUAAAUGGAUAAAAAGAUUUUUCCUAUUUGAUUACAUAAAUGAUUGCAAUUUUCAUGCAACUUAGAACUUUGUUCUAAUAAAUUUAGGACUCUCCAUCAUUACUUUUAUAAAAAAUACUCCAAAAUUAAUAUUUAGCUAUCUCGAUGAAUUGAGUCAUCAAGUUAAGUUUCUUUAACAUUUAGAAAUUUUCGUUUUUUAAAUUAUUCAUUUUAAUCUGAUCUGAUAAGCAUCUAGUAUGGAUACCAUGUGAUUAAACUCAAUUAAUACAUCACAUAUAAUUUUGUUCAUUUCAUUUUCAAAAUUAUAAUUUUGAAAUAAAAUUCAAUUUUUAAAAAAAAAAUUCAUUUAUAUUUUAUUAACAAAAGCUAUUUUAAUAUUAUUAUGUUUUGUUUUCGUUCCAUACUUAUAAGAAUUUUAUCAAUUUAUCUUAUAUUCAAUCAAUUUGAAUUAACCACUUCACUAUUAUGUCAGGUUUUUCAUAUGUGUUAAGUCUCUGAUGUUUUUAAACAUAAUAUUUAUACAUAUUUUAAUAAUUUUAUUAUUUUAAUUUGUCGCAUUUUUGUAUUGUGUAUUCUAAUUAAUGUCCUACAUUUUUAGAAGUAUUGCUUUCUAAUAAUUUUUUAGACGUUCACCCUUGUUCCUGUUGUAGCUUGUAUGAAUGCUUUGUCUGCAUGAUUGUAUGACUGAUUGGUAUACUGUCUACUCAGUAUGAUCAGUAUACACAAUAUGAAUGUGUGUGCAGUUCAUUACCAUUGAUGCUAAGGCCCAUUCAUGAAAGCAGUAGUAAUUUUUUUAGUUGGCAAUUUUAUUUGAUACACACAGGAGAAAAAAAUUUAACAUUGGAAGCACUUUAUCAAAAUUAACAAUUUACAUAGCAAAAAAAAAGAUGAGAAAGCAGUCAUAGCUCCCAAAUUUUGUUAUGUAGACAGCUAGCUAUUGAUAUAUAUGCAAUCACUUCAAUCAUAAAAUCUAUUUUAAUGUUAAGUGUUCCUCCUACGUAUUUUUGUAAUAUUUUGGGAGGUUGAAAUUAUUGACAAUAAUUUUUAUUCCAUAUAUUUCUGAAUUGUUCAAUGUCAAACUGUAAGCUGUUGUGAAAAAGUCUUUCAAGUUUCAAUAGAAACGUCUAUUUCUUAGAUUUUCAAUUGUGUUUCAAAUAUGCACUCUACUGCAGUAAGGAGAAACCUUGUAACUAUUUCCAUGUAAAAAUGAAGAUCAGUGUUUAAAAAGUAUUAAUUUUUUUGUUGGACGAUUUUUAAAAUAAAAACUCCUAAAAUUA